GCAGCACCAGCGCAGGAGAAGAAGGAAGAGGCCCCUGCUGCUGAGGCCCCUCCUGCAGAAGAGAAAAAGGAAGAGGCUGCCCCAGCCGAAGCGGCUCCUGCCGAAGCGGCUCCUGCCGAAGCGGCCCCUGCCGAAGCGGCCCCUGCCGAAGCAGCCCCUGCCCAAGCAGCCCCUGCCGAAGCGGCUCCUGCCGAAGCAGCCCCUGCCGAAGCAGCCCCUGCCGAAGCGGCUCCUGCAGAAGCAGCCCCUGCAGAAGCAGCCCCCGCGGAAGCUGCGCCAGCUGAACCUGCCCCGGCUGAACCUGCCCCGGCUGAACCUGCCCCAGCAGCAGAAGCCCCGUCAGCCGAAGCGCCUCCAGCUGAAGCUGCUCCUGCAGAAGCUGCCCCAGCUGAAGCUCCCCCUGCGGAGGAAAAGAAGGAAGAGGCCCCGGCAGAGGAGAAAAAGGAGACACCACCAGCUGAAGCCGCCCCAGCUGAGGCACCAGCUGAAGCUGCCCCAGCCGAAGCUGCACCAGCCGAAGCCGCGCCGGCUGAAGCCGCGCCACCAGCCGAAGCUGCGCCUGCCGAAGCUGCGCCUGCUGAGGCUGCACCUGAGGCUGCUGCUUUCAACGCCGAGAUGAAAUCCAAGCUCGAGGACCGUGGGCGCAUAGAGG